AUGGUUAGCCAUUUUGAAUAUAGUGAAAAAUAUUUUUAUAAAAAAUAUAAUAAACUAAAAGAUUUGAAAAACGUUAAGACAAAAGAUUUAGUUACGCGUUAUUUAUUAUUCUUCGUUUUUUUUGUUGAUAAAAUUAUUGAAAAAAAUGAGGACGAAAAUAAAGAACUACAAAAACAAAAUGAAGAGAAAAGAAAAGAAUUAAUAAAACAAAAUGUCUUAAACAUAAAAAAUAAAUUAAAAGAAAAACAAGAAAAUGAAUGUAAUUCACAAGAAGAAACUAUUUUUAAUGAAAUAUGUUAUGAUAAUAUUUUGGUUGAUGAAAAAAAUAAAAAUAAUCACAUAAAUUAUGUAACAAAACAUUUGAAAAAUAAUAAUUUAAGUGAUGGAAAUUGUAAAAAUUAUGAGAAAUGUAAAACAAAUUAUAAUGAUAAGGAAAAAAAUAAAUCUUGUAACUUUUCAAGUAUUUGUAAUGAUUUAACUUGUGCCUUUUAUAUAUGUAUAAUAUUAUUUGUUGAAAAUUUAAAAGAUGAUCAAAAUAAUGUGGAUUAUAAAAAAAGUGUACAUGAAAAUAUCUCUUCUCAAAAAUCAUCAGAUGAAAAAGAUAAUAAUAUUGAAACUAUUCCUUUUGUGAACAUAAAUGAAAAUAAGAACAAUUUUAUAAAAAAGGACAUUGUGGAUAAUGCAAAUGAUUUGUCAUUCAAUUUAAUUUUUGAUAUACAUUUAUUAUAUAUUUCGUUAUGCUUUUAUUAUAUAUAUUUAUUAAAUGAUGAUAUAUAUUAUUUACAAUUUAGUUUAUUAUUAUUUUUGAUGCUUUUUACACAUUUUAAAAAUAAAGAAAUUAUUCAUUUUAUAUAUUUUAAGAAAGACAAAGAAGAAAAAGAAGAAAAUAAAGAAGAAUGUUAUAUCACCUAUGAAAUAUCAGUAUCAAAAUUUUUAUAUAAUAUUUGUAAAAACUUAGGUGUCUAUUAUAAAGAAAAAGAAAACGAUAUUUAUAUGAGCAUAUUUUUUUUAACAUACAGCUUUGUUUUUUUAAAAUAUACAAAAAUGAAAGAUAAUAAAAAAGAUAAUAUUACCAAUAACAAAAUAUUAAUGGAUGAAAUUAUUAUCGUUCAGCAUAUGUAUGAAAUAUUUUUAGAUAUAAACUUUUUUUCGACAUCUACUUUUUUUAUACUGAGAACGAUAGAACUUCACCUGCAACUUUUGAAAAAUUAUAUAGACGAUAUAAAAGUAGAAGAACAAGGAGGAGAAGAGAAAAUAAAGACGAAAAAAAAAAAAAAAAAAAAUGACGAAAAGGAAAGUAUUAAGAGGGAUGAUACACCUAUAUAUAAAGAAUCGGAAGAUGUUGAUAUAUUAUCAAAUGAAAAGGACGAAAAAUAUACAAAAUUGGAAAUUAAUAAUAAUGAUAAUAUGUAUAAUACAAAUAAUAAUAUGAACAAUACAAAUAAUAAUAUGAACAAUACAAAUAAUAAUAUGAACAAUAGUGAUAUUUCUUUUUGUUGUGAGAAAACAAAGAAUAACCUGUCGAUUAAUGAAAACGUUAAUAGAAUCAUCAACAUGUUUUGUUCACUUUACAACAAUAUAAACGAGUGCGGAUAUAUAUUUUUAGAUGUUCAUUUGUUAUCUAUAUAUGAAUAUUUAUUAUGGGUGUGUUUUUAUAUUGUGAAAGAUGUAUACAGAUUGUGUUGUUGUUUAAAAAAAGAAAAAGAGAAAAGGAAAAUAUUAGAAUAUAAAUAUAUGACAUAUAGAAAUUUGUUAGAAGUUUAUAUUAUAUAUUUAAAAUAUAAUUAUUUGAAUUAUUCACAAGUAAAUUAUAGUAUAAAUAUAUAUAAAAAUAUAGAUGAUAAUAUUUAUUCAAAACAUGAUAAGAUGAAAAAUAUAUUUGACAUAUUGAAAAUUAAAUAUAAUUCUUCUAAGGAAAAAGAAAUAAACCAUAUGAAAAUAUGUGAAGAAGAAAAAGAAAUAAACCAUAUGAAAAUAUGUGAAGAAGAAAAAGAAAUAAACCAUAUGAAAAUAUGUGAAGAAGAAGAAGAAAAAGAAAAAAAUGAUUAUAAUUUCUUAAUAAAUGGGUUACAUAAGAAAGUCGAGGAACAGAUAGAAGAUCGAAUUUUUAUUUAUGAUUAUAAAAAUAAUACACAAAAAGAUAUUACAAUUAUUUUGAAUAAUAAUGUAAUAAAUAUUAGUGAAAUAAUAAAUACUUCAUAUGAUACUUGCAAAUCAUUAUUUGAAAAAAAAAAAAAAAAAAAAAAAAAAAAUGUAUGUACAUUUGAAAAUAAAAUAAACAUAUAUGAUAAAAAUAUAAUAUAUGAUUUUAUAUAUGAUAAUAUAUUAAAAGAUAAAAAUUAUCCACGUUUUUAUAAUGAAGAAGAAGAAGAAGAAGAAGAAGAAAAUGAAAAUGAAAAAAAUAACACUUUUAUGGUUAACAGCUUUUAUGAAAAUAUGUCUUUUUUUAAAUUCUUUGAAAUCAAAUUUAAAGAAGAUAAUCAAAUAAUAAAAAAUAUUAUUCAUAUAAUACAUAAAAAAACGAAUAAGAUAAUAAUAAUAAAUAUAGAUACCACAUAUUUUGAAGAAUUUGUUAACAUUUUCCGGUUUGAUAAUGUACCUUUUAUACAUUUUAAUUUUUAUAUUUGUAACUUUUAUUCAUUACCAUAUCAUGAGGAAGCUUUAAAAAAAAUAAAGAAAAUUUAUAAAAUGUUUUGUAAACAUAGAGAUAAUGAAGAAUAUGUUUAUUUGCUUCAAGAUGAAAAGAUCAUAAAAGAAAAUAUGGAAAAGGAAGACAAAAAUAAUAAAGACAAAAUGGAUAAAAUAAAAGAAUUAAAAACAAAUGAUGAAAUUGACAAAUUAUAUACAACAGAAGAAGGAAAAAAAAAAAAAAAAAAAAAUAUAUUAGAGUAUAAACAUAGGAUACAUUAUUUGUGUUAUAAUUAUAAUGAAAUAUUAUAUUUAUUUGAAAAAAUGAAAAAAUAUAAAAAAAAAAGUUUAGAAUAUUUUUCUUUAUUUAAACAAACAACAUUACAUUUGGAUAUUUUAAUAAAUAGUAUGCAAUCAUAUUUUUACUUUAAUUUUUUUACGAAAACUUUUGAUAUAUAUUUACAAAAUUAUAUGGAAAUAAUUAAUUCCUUAAGUCAUCCUUUAAAAUAUUUGCAAAAUGAUCAGUACGUAUCAUAUAAAAGAGAAAUUGCUUUAAAAUGUGCUCUUCUUUUAAAGGAUAUUUUUAUAUGUAAAAAGUUCAACACGUUUAAUGAAAAUAUAUAUUUAAACGAAAAAGUGAAAAAUAUACAAACAAAUAUAAAUACAAAUGUACAAGCAAACGGCGACUUUGAUGAUAAUAUUAGGGGUCCUUUAACUAAUGAGCAAAAACAUAUAAUAUUACAAAUAGUACAAUUUUACUUUUCUUUUUUAAGUACAUAUUGUAAAAAAGAAGAUGAUAUGAUCAAUGAAAAACUAAUUUUUCAAAAUAAUGAAGAAAAACAAUAUUAUUUUGAUAUUUAUUUUUAUGUAUGUAAAACUUUAUCAACAAUUGAAGAUCGAUUUUUUAUUUCUCAAGCUAUUCAACAUUAUCAGUAUAUAUUAAAUUAUUCUUUGAAAAAUAAAAUGUAUGAAGAUGAAUCAUAUAAUGAAUAUAUGAAAUCAUUUGCUAACAAGUCCAUAUAUUCCUUGACCUUCAAAAUGAAGGAAAUGACAUAA